AUGGCAGGCCAAAAGUUGUCUGUUUUGCUUGACGUGAAACCAUGGGACGAUGAGACCGACAUGGUGAAGCUUGAGGAAGCCGUGCGGAGCGUCAAGAUGGAAGGCUUGACCUGGGGUGCCUCCAAACUUGUCCCGGUUGGAUUUGGCAUGAAUAAGCUGCAGAUCAUGAUGACCGUUGUCGACGACCUCGUCUGCGUCGACGACCUUGUCGAGGACCACCUCUGCGCCGAGCCAGUCAACGAGUACGUCCAGAGCUGUGACAUUGCAAGCUUCAACAAAAUAUGUAAGUGCUUUCGUGCCUAA